AUGAUUGAUACCGAUAUAAUAAAAUGUCUCAUAGAAGAUUUACUCGAUCGGAUCUGUUUAAUAAACAGUUCAUCACCAAUAAUAAAUUCUCCAUUAUAUUAUUCAUCAAAAUCAAUUGAAAAUAAAUUUCAACAAUCAAUAAAUAUUCUUAAUAAAUCAAUAAAACAAUUAUUAACAUAUGAAUUAAAUACAGUUGUUAAUAAUGGUCAAUUAACAACAACAUCAAAUAUACGACAUAGUCGGUAUUAUAAUCCAGCAACAACAAUAAAACAAACUAAUGAUUUAAAAAAACGACUUCAAUGGAUUGAACAAAGACAAAUGAUUAUGAAACAAUUAAAUAUAAAUCAAGAAAAAACAUUUUCACAAUCAAAUUCGGAUUUAAAUUCUCUUGAAAAUAUUUGGUUUGAUCAUCGUUUAAAAAUCUUAGAUAAUUCAUUAGAAUUAUUAUUAAAAAAAACCGAAGAACAAGAAAAUAAUAAUAAUGAUGAUGAUUCAUCAUGUGCUCGUUGUAGAGUUUAUCAAAGAAAAAAAGAAAAUGAUAGUCAAUUAUUAAAAAAAAUUAAACAUAUUCAUCAAAUUCAGAAUGAACAUAAUUAUUCAACAACUUGUUUACAUUAUCCAUCAUCAGAAUCUGAACAUAUUUUAUCUUUAUCAAAAAUAGCUGAUCGUAUCGGUCAUAAUUCAAAUUUAAAUGUAUCUAAUCACACAAAAAAAAAUCUUUCAACAUCAACAAUAAAGAAAAAACAACAAUCUAAAUUACAAUCAUCUAUAUCACUUAUCGUUCCAGAUUCAAAUAAAACAAAUAAAAGAACGUUAGAAGAAUCUCGAAAUAUAUCGAACAGUAAUUUCAUUUCGACCAAUUAUGAUCUCACUAAUAAACGACAGAAAAGAAUAGCUUCUCCACAAUCCUCAUUAUCCGUAUCGUCAACAAAUACUCCUGUAUCAACAACAAGUAGUUCAUUUCCUCAUGAUAUUUUAACACCUGGUUGGCGAGUUUUGACAAAUACUGAUUUUGAAAUAUCUUUAAAUCAAGAAAAAAGUUCCGAUCAACAAGAAAUAGAAGAUGUAUCUGAUGAAAGUUGUGGUCAUCGUCAUAUGCGUUGUGAAUUAGAACAAGAAUCUUGGUUAACAAAUUCUUCAACAUCAAAUAAUAUUUCAUUAACAUCAAAUAGAAAAAGUGGAACACUUCAAACAUCAUUAUCUGUACCAAAUAGUUUGUCAACAACGAAUCAAAAACAGUAUAGAUAUCGUUUAACACCUAAUGGAGUUGCCUAUACAGAAACAAUUGAUACAAAAUAA